CCCAAAUUGGUCCAAAAUCCAGUCAAUUUCUUCAAUAUUUGAGGACCCCAAACAAUGACAAGUCCCUCCAGACAAGGUGAAAUGAGGGUGUCAAGAUGAAUCAUUAUAUGGCAGCAACAUACAGCUAUAUCUUAUCAUUAUUUCAAUAUUUUCGCACAUCAUGGCCCAUCAGUAUUAUUUAUGGUCGGGUCUACAUGGAACCAUCUCCAGAAACAAAGGAGAAACUCCUGAAAGCAAUUCAUCAACUCCAGGAUGAGACUGUCCCAGAAAAGGUUAUACUGGCAUUGAUAAAAAAUUUGCCAUCAGAGGAAGAUCUGUUAAGUGUUGUGGAUGAAAUCAGUGGUUAUGAUAUUUUACAGCAUUCUGUUGUUCGUGGAUUCUCCAAAUCAGUGAAGAUAUUACUCAGUAAGUAUUGUAACCCUGACAGAUAUCAUUGCACUCCUCCUGUUCAAUUAGCGGCAUAUUUAGGAGAUGUUAAUAUGUUGCAAUUAUUGCUUAAUGCUGGGGCUAAUAACAGUAGAAGUUGUGGAAUGUGCUACCCUGAUCCACAUUUACCCAUUCGAUAUUCAAGUUCAUAUUUUGGAUUUACUCAUUCUCCUGUUUACAAGUGCCAAAAAUAUUCUGCCUCACCGAUAUCAUGUGCCAUUUUGAAAAACAAUGUGGAUUGUCUGAAAGUGCUACUAAAUGUAUCUAGUCCAAAUAAAAAGCUACCUAGUCCUUUGAAUUUACUCCUGGAAGCUUGUCAAUCUGGUGCGUAUGAUGUGAUGAAAUUCCUUAUUUGGAAGUAUCCAGGAUGCAUCAAUCAAUAUGGUUGUGAAGGAGAUACUCCCUUAUUGACCGCUGUGCCUUGGGGUCGCGAAUGUGUGAAGUUGUUACUGGACAAUGGAGCUGAUGUUCACCAACUUUCGAAAGGAAUCAAGGAAACAGCAUUACAUAGGUUAUAUCGGGCGUCUAGUGAUGGACUGUUCACAAUAUACGACACCACCAAAUAUCUUCUGACAACUGGCAUAGAACAGGAUAUAAAUUCUAUGACAUCUUUAGGAGAAUCGUCAUUGCACAUGCUUAUAUCUCAUGUUUCUUAUAUUGGUGGGAAUUUUGAAGAUCCCAGUCAAAAAUUACCACGCAGUCAGUUACAAGGAGAUUAUCAAGAACAAGUCAUUAAGACUUGUCGAAUUCUGUUAGAAUUUAAUGCUGAUCCUCAUUUGUUGAAUGCAUAUGGAUUGACCUCACUGAGUCGCUUGCUUCACAUUGCCUUAAAAUCCAGCAACAAAACUUUAAAUCAGGAUUGUGUUCAGACUGCCUCUUUUGAUUAUGUGAUAGUGGACUACCGCAAUGAUUUCAAAUCGUUAGGACGUUCUAUGGACAUCUUAUUAGAGUUUGGUUCUAAUGUGAACUUUACCUGUUCCGAAGGACAUACACCCUUAAUCUGUCUCUUGCAAUGUUUGCUAUAUGAAGACCUAAAUCUUUUGUGUGACCAGGCCAACGAUAUUGUCAAUUGUAUUGAAAUUCUCCUAAACAAUAAUGCACAGGUUAAUUUUACUACUGGUAAUAAUGUGACUUGUGCCACGUUACUAGCUGCGGUAUGUCAAAGAUUCUUUGACCUUGAAAACGACCUUGGUGAAGUCUUUGAAGAAGAGUUGCGAAUUGAUUUCGCCAAGAUGAUGAACGUGGUAUUGAUUGUCUUGUUACGCUACGGGAUGGAUCCAAAUCAUACUAGUCCUAAAGUUUCGCAAUAUCCAAAAGGUGGUACUGGCAAUGCCCUUAUUGAGUUUGUGAGACUCACAACACAUGCAACAUCCACCAAAGAUUUUUCUGUUAUUUUGAUGUGGUUGAAAACAUUGUUACAGUGGGGAGCUAAUCCUGAUAUAGCUCCCUAUCCUUCAGAACCGGUUAUUGUUCAUUGCCAGAGUUCUAUAUAUCUAAAACGCCACAAUACGCAGCCUGUUAGUCAUUAUAUUACUGAGGUGAAAGAACGCGAGACGUUGUUCAGUGAUGGUCGUGCUGAAGAGUUGCUGCUCUUGUUUUAUAACUGUAUGGAGCACCAGACAAUGUUUGCCUGUCUCAACACUGCCAAAUCCAUGGUGCGCUUUCAUUUAUUUAAUGACAACAGGAAGGACUUUUUGAGCUUGAUAAACAGACUGACUGAACAUCCGAGAAGUUUAAGACAAAUGGCUCGAGUAUCAAUCUACCAGUCAUUGAAAAUGAAUAUUGCUAAAAAUGUUGAUUAUCUCCCUUUACCCGGUGCUUUAAAACAGUACUUGUUAAAUAUUAACCAAGUAUAAGCUACAGGCCAACGGUUGAUUGUUAUAAAGUGCUUCAGAAUGUUCAAUUGUUUUUUCCGUAUUUAUCAAACUGAUACAGUCAGGUAUUAAAUGGUAUUGUAAAAAUGAUUUUAUUCCAGGGCCCUAUUCGUUAAUACCUUAUAACCCUGUUCCGUGCCAUUUUUAUGAUUUACCAAAGACUAUAUAUAUAUAUUCAUUGAUUAUAUUGUGAAUUAAAUCUAUUCUAGUCCGA